AAUCCAUAGCAGAAGUAGUGGGAUGUUUACCACUGUUUGGAGCUAAUAAUCCCGACCGGCCGGACUCUCCCUGAUCGACCUGCACCUCCUCUCUUCACCGGGUAUCACGCACUUUUCGCCUGCCAUGACGCUCCGCAGAUUCUUCGUGGGAGGAAACUGGAAGAUGAACGGGAACAAGGAGAGUCUUGGAGAGCUCAUCACCACCCUGAACACCGCCAGCCUGCACGACGAGACCGAUGUGGUUUGUGCUGCUCCCUCCAUCUACCUGGACUUUGCUCGGUCCAAUCUGGAUCCCAGGAUUGCUGUCGCAGCUCAAAACUGUUACAAGGUGGCCAAGGGAGCGUUUACAGGAGAGAUCAGCCCAGCCAUGAUCAAAGACUGCGGAGCAGACUGGGUGAUCCUGGGACACUCGGAGCGGCGUCAUGUGUUUGGGGAAAGUGACGAGCUGAUUGGCCAGAAGGUGACUCAUGCUCUGGAGAGCGACCUGGGUGUGAUCGCCUGCAUCGGUGAGAAGCUGGAGGAGCGAGAGGCGGGAACCACAGAAGAAGUCGUCUAUGCUCAGACGCAGGCCAUUGCAGAGAAUGUGAAGGACUGGGGGAAAGUGGUGCUGGCAUAUGAACCAGUUUGGGCCAUCGGCACAGGCAAGACAGCCACACCUGAGCAGGCUCAGGAGGUCCAUGAGAAGCUGAGGGUAUGGCUCAGAGCAAACCUCUCAGAUGAUGUGGCCGACUCUGUACGCAUCAUCUAUGGAGGUUCAGUCACAGGAGCAAACUGCAGAGAGUUGGCGUCUAAGGGCGACGUGGAUGGCUUCCUGGUGGGCGGAGCCUCUCUGAAGCCAGAGUUUGUCGACAUCAUCAAUGCAUGUGCAUAACAAACAUGCUUAACUACUGUAGCAGGACCAAUGGAAAACACUCUGCCCUUUAGAGCUUCCCCAUGUAUCUGUUUGUAAACUGGGCUGACUGAUCUACACAGAGACGUCUGUUAAACCGGAGAAGUUUCACAUUCGUAAGAUACACAAUGUGCUGAAUAUGCAAAACAACUAAAUACCUUCAGGAAAACCUUCGGUUUGCAUUAAAUUAAAAUACUUAAAAAGCCACUUCAGUUUUUUCUUUUUUUUGACAUUUUGAAUCAAGAACAUGGACUCAACCAGGACACAUUAUAGAACUAGGAUAAAAACAAUACCUGGAGUCACGUUGGAGUGAUGAUCCAUGUAAAGUUUCCCUUUAAGUUCUUUAUUUGCUGCUAAUUUGAGGUGAAAUGAGAGAAUUAGUGGAUCAGUCAGCCCGGCCUGCUUUGUUUAUCAGUGAAUCUCUCCUCACUGCACUAACUGAUACUUUACGUCUUUAACAGUGAAUGUUUCAAACUGAAUGUACUUGAAAGUAUGAAGACAGACUAUCUCCACAUAUUCAGUUUUGAGGAGUUCAUGUAGUUUAACACUGAUACUCGACAGACCUUUAAAGAGGUCAGGGAGCGUGAACAAUGGAAGAAGUAAAAAAAUAAACGCUGAAAAAUUAGAAUUUAA